AUGGCCAAAAACCUCUUCUCCAUCCCCAUUUUUUUCAUCGUCUUCCGCGAGACUCUCGAGGCCGCCAUCAUCAUCUCCGUCCUCCUUGGUCUCGCUGAACAAAUUGUACACGAAGAUGGCUCAAACUUCAGGGAAACAAGCACCCUCGUGAGCGAGGCGGAGAGCAAAGGGGAGUCCGACCAGAACGAGAACCUCGACGACGCCGUCCACCGUCGCCGCCUUAUCCGCAAAAUGCGCAUACAGAUUUUUGCUGGGGCAGCCCUGGGUUUGUUCGUGGCUCUCGCCAUUGGCGCCGCGUUCAUCGCUGUCUGGUUUACCAAAGCAUCUAACCUGUGGGAUAAGGCCGAAAUACUGUGGGAAGGUAUUUUCGAGCUCAUUGCUUCUCUCAUGAUUUUCGUCAUGGGUGUCAGCAUGCUCAAGAUGGACCGAGCCAAGGCGAAAUGGCGCAUCAAGCUCACGCGCGCAUUUGACGGUAAAAGUACGUUCUCCUUUCCUUUCUUGUCCAUGUCCUGACACCAAUUCCCCGCUGCAGAAGUAGAUGGCGAAUCUAAAGCCGGAAAAUGGGUCCUCUUCAUCCUGCCACUAAUCACAGUCCUCCGAGAAGGCAUGGAAGCUGUCGUUUUUGUAGGAGGCGUCUCCCUCGGCCAACCCGCAACAGCCAUCCCCAUAGCCGCCAUCGUCGGAAUAAUCUGCGGUCUCAUCAUCGGUUUUGCAAUCUACUCAUUCGCCUCUCGGUCAACAUUAACCGUCUUCCUCGUCGUAAUGACCAACCUUCUCCUCCUCAUCGGCGCUGGCCUCUUCUCCAAAGCGGUCGCUCAAUUCGAAAUGAACUCCUACGCCAAGCUCCUCGGUGCCAAAGGGGACGAUGCAUUAGGCAACGGGCCAGGGUCGUACAGAGUUCAAGGCAACGUCUGGCACCUCGAUUGCUGUUCCCCCAAUAACAAAUUGGGCGGGCAGGGAUGGUCGAUCUUCGGCGCGAUCUUUGGGUGGUCGAAUAACGGCUCGCUGGGAACGAUACUCGCAUAUGUAUUUUACUGGAUAGCAGUCAUCGCCACGCUGGUAUACUUGAAAUUCAAAGAAGGACGAACGAAACUCUUCGGGAAAGAAUCAGCAGUAGCCAUCCGCCGUCAAAACUUGCGCAGGGAAAAAUCAGCGUCACAAGAGGCUGAAACAUCGUUGAACGAGAAGGCGCCUGCGGAUACGGUUGAGGUUCUGCCGAGGGCUUGA